UAUUUAGAGGGAACGUACAGAGCAAGCAAUAGCACCUAUGCUUUGUGAUGUACCAUCUGGGGUGUGCCAUUGCUUUAUGAUAUAUUCAUGGACUUUGCCUUGUAAUGUACAUACACGUACAUUACAUGUAGUACCUUCAGUGUACCAUAGACUAUGUAGUGCUGUAUUCAUUUUGCUUCAGACUUGUGUUUCGAUACGACGCAGUUUGUGGUAAUUGAUCGCAGCUACACAACUGUAGAUGCACACCAGUUGGAAUGUGUUAUGGUCAUUAAGAUGUCUAGAAUUUGAAACUGGUAGUCUCUAGUUGACAAUGUAAUGUCUUUGAAGGUACAUGUAAUCCAUACAUGAUUAAUGCGCUACUGCGACCUGUCAACAUCCAGGACAAAUGACAUAGAUGUAACUGCUUGGGGGCACGUAUGACAGUACGUGUGUCACCAUGUAUUCAAAAAUGUCAUCAUCCGUGGCGCCUUCAGUGCGCAAAAGGCCACGCAUUACUGUCAAAGCAAUGGAGGCCCUACGCGCAAAAUUGGAUCCUGCCUCCCGAAAAAAUUGGAGACUCGUUGCAAGUGAUCUCGAUCAACGGAAGUUCACCAAUGAGUGGAUUGAGUUGAUGGAGAGCAAGUGUCCAAACCCAUCCUUUUCUCCCACUGUGGAGGUGCUUAGAGAAUGGCAACGUGGCCUCACCAUUGAUCAAGACGUCCCAGUUCAACAGCUAUUUGCCGUCUUGAAGGAUCUGGGACGAGAAGAUGCUGCAUCUUUAGUUGUAAAAAUGAGUGAAGACCAAACUUUCCUGGAUUACUAUGAUGAGCCUAUUAUGACUUCUCCACAAAGUACAUGUAACCCAUCACAUCAGGGACAACUUAGCCCUGACUUAAGAUGCUACAAGAACUCAUCACAAUAUCCUUCAAUGGCUUCUUGCUGUCGGAAUCACAGCCAACAGCAGCCCCAUCCUUCACCACAGGAGUCAUCUUAUCAUGGAUGGCCAGACCAUUCAGCCUCAACCAGAGCUGACAGGCAGAGGCAACCUUGUUCCCCUGGCUUGCCUGAAGAUCCUCACAAUCUACAGGUACUUCAGCCUCGUAGCAACCGACAACCUGACAUGCAAGUUGAAGCAGAGUUCAAUCCUGACUUUGGAGCACAAGGACCCAAUUAUGAGCAGACACCCAUGAAUUUCAACAGGAGCCAGAUCUCCCUGAUUUCAGAUCGCUCAAGUUCUCUCCACAUGAAUGGCUUACAAUUAAAUCCCAAUCCACACCGACUGACGGAUUCUGAUCCUAGGAAUGCCUUCUCAACUUGGCCCCCACGUAGUGCAGGCAGAAGCAGUCGGUCAAAUAUAUGUAUCAGAGAGAACGAACACUUUGCUCCAAUACAGUCGAACGAAUCUGGUCCUGAAUAUCUGCUUCAAGGGCCAGGGUUCUUGGGACAUACAUGUAGCUCCAUCCAGCCACUCAGGUCUGUGUCUCCAGUCAAUACCACUGAAACAGGUGCUUCACCAAUUCAAGUACAAGACUCCUACAGGAACAAUUGUUGGUUCAUCACAUAUCCCUACACAUCCUUCAAGAGGGCAUUCCAAUUGGGUAUGGCAUUGAAGACUGCAGGCCAAAAUGUGAUUGUGGAUAGGAAGAUAGACUCCUUUAUGUCUGCAACACAUAGUCGGGAGGAAACAAGUCGACUGUACAAGACAGCAACUCACAUCAUCAUAAUCUGUAACAAGGACUACAUCAAAGAAAUCGGAGGCCGAGUAAAAUCUCCUUUGAACACACGCUUCAUCUAUGGUCUGAUGGAGACGGAGUUUCGUCAGAGACAGAGAAAUAUCCGCUUUGUUCCCAUCAUUGAUCAAGAGCAUAUCAGGGACAGAAACGUCCCCGAACCAUUCCGAAGCUACUCUAAGGAAUACCAGGCUUUUGUCUUCAAAGCCCUCUGCAACUACAACACUGCCAAAAGCACAUCUGCUAGGAGUAGGGAGGUUUCAAUUGAGAGAACAUUUUAUGGGAGUCAUUGAAGUGGCUUUUCUGCCAAUUGUGCAUGUAGUUUACAAAAUGGUAACCUUUGAUGCUAUCAAGCCUCCAGAGAGUCUAGUGUGAUAACAAUGCACAGUCUGAUUCUUAAAAUGUCCCUGGUGAAGGAGCGUAAAGGCUAAGUGCCCUGUGAAAGGUUUAACGACCACAGUAAUUUUUUUUCACUUUAUGUGACGGGUACAUACAUAGAAUGAAAAUGGAUGAAGGUUGCUCCUGAUAAAAUGGAAAGUAUGAUAAAUGCAUAAAAAGAUUUGAUAAGGCUCAUCUUGGUGUUUGUAAAAAAUUGAUUUUUAGUCAGGAAUUUUUAAAGCAAGAUGUUUUGUAUGUUGUGGUUCUUCUUGAAAGGACAAAGUAAGUUUUGGUUUAUUUUUACUUGUAAAAAUAUAUAAUAAUUGUCAUACAUCUAAGUGAAUCAGCAGAGACGUAAUUAUAAAAAAAUGCCCCCUUUGAAUGUUAUAUUUACAGAUUUAGUAAAACAAUCAGAAGUUUAUUCUUUCACCCGUCGUUUGAGCGAAAGUAAAUGUAAUAUCUUUGAAAAGACAGUCAGUCCAGAGAUCAAGUAACUUUAAGACAUAAAUGUUGAUGUAAUGGAUCAAGCGUCCACACACAUUUGUAGUCUCAAACUAAAGAAUUUGGGGUCAUAAAUAUAUUGAUUCUGUUGUGACCAAAACAUUGGCCCAUUGCAUGCAAAUGCUUAUAUUUACAUGUACAUACAUACUGACACUAAAUGGAGACUGGUUCUGUAAUAGUACUUUCGGGGACAAAAUUAUUGGUUGUUAAAAUAGUUCAUGAAAAUUUUUCAUCAUAUGAAUACUGGGCAAGCUACCUGUAGAAAGAAAACACUUGUACUUUCAUAAUGCAGGCCAUUAUGCAAAUUUUCCAGUGGAUCGGCUUUUUGUACAUAGAUCGGUUUUGAAGUGGAUCAGGUUUUUUUUUGGUAACACUUUCCUGUAUGAACCGUGAUCAGUGUCUGCCCUCACAAUGACCUUAUAUUUUUUGGCAUUUGUCUCUUUUGGGGGGGACAUACCAUAGAACAGAAUAGCUAUUUUGGCAUUUACAUGUAUCACUGAAAUCUGCUCACUUUUUGAGGCUGAGAAAGCUGAAAAGGAUGUUUAUGGUGUGAUAAACGUGACACUAUACCAUAGAUACUGCACAUGUACCUGCAGUGCGUUGGAAGUAUAUGUACAUGGGUUUGUUAUGAGAGAUUUCAGUAAAAGUGGAUCAAGUUAUAAUUAUGUAUAUAUUGGCAGCUGAGAUUGAACAAGUGUUGAAAGAACCUGCUUGAUGUAGGAACUAUAUUUCAGAACUAAUUUUAAUACAUAGAAUAUUACAAACAAGUACUGUAUGUAUACCUUAAAUUCUAUCAUUGUAAACCAAGGUAUGACUUUGUUUUCACUUCAGAUCUUUGGUUUCAUUUUCACUUAAUGAGUCUGUGGUUUCAUUGGAUGGCAAUUGUAUUUUUAUAUCUACCAAUAUCGUGUAAAAAUUUGAGCAUUUGGAGAACAUUUUUAGGAGCUUGAAAUGACAUUUGUAAACAAACACAAAAUACAUACAUGUACUGUACCAGA